AUGAAAAUAUUUCAGAUGCUUGUUACUCUGUUCUCUCUACUUCUCACAUGGUGUGUUAUUGCAACCUGGGCUUCAUCCUAUGACUACUCAGCCAGCAUUGAUUGCCUGGAAAAGCCUUGGACUCCUCAGUACAACGGCGGGUUAGUCGGAAACUCGGAGUUCGAUCUGGGCCUAGACGAAUGGAGCAAAUUCGGAAACGGAAAAAUCGAAUUGAGAAAAUCGAAAUCCGGCAACAAUUAUAUGGCUGCAUAUGACAGGAAAAUGCCUAAUGAUAGUUUCUCUUACAAUUUGUAUGUUGAAAAAGAAUUCUUGUACACCUUUUCAGCAUGGUUUCAGCUGAAUAAAGGAAAAGAAAUAAUAUCAGCAUACUUAAAACAUGGUGAUGGGACAAGUACAAUUGUUGGUUCUGUAAUAGCAAAAUAUGGGUGUUGGUCUAUGCUUAAAGGAGGGUUUCAAAUGCAAGAAGAUAUGAAUGCUCAACUUUAUUUCAUGAGCAAUAACACGGAGGUCGAACUUUGGAUUGACAACGCCUCCCUCGAGGCGUUCACCAAAGCCGAAUGGCGAGACCAGCAGUACGAAAGCAUCAACAAGGUCCGAAAACAAAAGGUACGAAUCCAUGUAACGAGCCAAGAUGGUCUAAAACUCGAAGGAGCAAAAGUGACACUCGACCAAACGAGGCCCCGAUUCCACAUCGGCGGCGGCACGACGUCGAGCAUCAUAGACAACAAGGCCUAUCAGGACUACUUCGUCAAGCGCUUCACCGCGGCCACCUUCGACAACGAGAUGAAGUGGUACUACACGGAGGCUCACCAAGGCCUGGAGAACUACACCGUCCCCGACGCCAUGGUCUCGUUCUUCAAGCAGAACGGGAUCGCGGUACGGGGCCACACGAUCCUGUGGGCCAGCGUGAACAUGAACCAACAGUGGGUCAAGGCGCUGGCCCCGAGGGACGUCCUCAAGGCAGCAGUCCGGCGCGUGGGGUCCGUCGUCUCGAGGUACUCGGGCGACAUCAUCGGGUGGGACGUGGUGAACGAGAACAUGCACAACUCGUUCUACGAGGAUAAAAUCGGCCGGCCGGACGCUUCGGCCAUGUUUUACCAAAUUGUGCGGGCAUUGGAUCCGCAGACUCCCCUGUUUUUGAACGAGUACAAUAUUCUCGCGCACCCUACGGACAUGAAGGUUAUUCCAUCAAAGUACGUCGAGAAGAUUAGGGAGAUUAGGGCAUUUCCGGGUAACAAGGACUUGGUUUUGAGGAUUGGAUUGCAGGGGCAUUUCUUUUUUAAACCUAAUGUAUCUCAUAUUCGGGCGAGCUUAGAUGUUCUUGGCGCCACUAAUUUGUCGAUUUGGCUCACGGAAAUGGAUUUCAAAAGGGGGCCGACUCAGCAUGCUGAGUUCGAAGAAGUGAUGAGAGAAGUAUUCUCACAUCCGGCCGUGGAAGGGAUCAUAGUGUGGGCGGGGUGGAAGCCAACGUCGUGUAGUGACAAAUGCCUGUCGGACAAAAACUACGAUGUUUUACCCAAGGGGUGUUCGAUGAUGUGCCUCACCGACAUCAACUUCAAGAAUUUGCCGACGGGCGACGCGCUCGAUAAGCUCGUGAAAGAAUGGAAGACCGUAAAUGUGACUGGAUUUACGGACAAGGAAGGAGUUUUUGAGCAUGAGGUGUUUCUCGGGGAGUACUCUCUUUCGUAUUCUCAUCCUUCGAUUCCUCGUACAAUUAAGACGGUGUUCAAUGUCACCGGCGGUAGAGAGCCGUUGGAUGUUAGGGUUUCUUCUUAA